CUCGCCGGUGUCUGAUGUGUUGAAUAAAGCUGACGCAAAAGAUGUUCGCGUCGCAGUCUCGCCGAGCAAGGUGAAAGAGAGCGAUGGACGUGCGGUGGAAGGAGACGAGCUCAGCUUCGGCAACAAGGAAGUGAUGGAUGCCGCGACGAAAGCAGGGGGGGCGACGGCGAUGCCUCCGACGAGCGUGAUGACGAGGCUGAUCCUGAUAAUGGUGUGGAGGAAGCUUAUCAGGAACCCAAAUACUUACUCUAGUCUCAUUGGUCUUAUUUGGUCUCUGGUGUCCUUCAGAUGGCAUGUUGAGAUGCCUGCCAUCCUGUCGAAAUCCAUCUCCAUACUGUCUGAUGCUGGCCUUGGCAUGGCUAUGUUCAGCCUUGGUCUGUUCAUGGCGUUGCAGCCUAGAAUCAUUGCAUGUGGGAACCGAGUCGCAUGCUUCUCCAUGGCCGUGAGGUUUCUUGUCGGCCCAGCUGUGAUGGCUGCUGCCUCCAUUGCUGUGGGUCUCCGUGGUGUUCUCUUGCACGUCGCAAUCGUACAGGCUGCACUGCCUCAAGGAAUCGUGCCGUUUGUGUUUGCAAAAGAGUACAAUGUGCAUCCUGAUAUCCUUAGCACAGGGGUUAUAUUUGGGAUGCUGAUCGCAUUGCCGAUAACGCUGGCCUACUACGUUGUCUUAGGGUUGUGAUCGCCUGAAGCAUGGCAAUGGAAGAAGUAUUUGACUGUAGAAGCUAGUGUUUUCAAUACAGAGCAUGGAAGAAGAGAAAAUGGACCGACUGACUUUGGAAAGAGAACUAGAUCAGAUUUUGAUGAUACAUGAUUAUCUUAGGAAAAUCAUUGUUAAUGAUCCUCAAACGUUUCAUUUAAUCUUAUAGAUCUUUUUCUCCUUUUUUUUUUCCCCUG